CAUGCGUAGUCCCGCCUCGCGCCGCCCGGCUGCCCCGAGCCCGGAGGUCGCUGCGGGCCGCGAUGUCGGCGGCGGGGGCGGGCCCAUGCGGGGCGGCCGGCGGCGGGGGAUGCGGCGCGGGCGGCACGUCCAUGUUCCGGUGGCUGGAGGUGCUGGAGAAGGAGUUCGACAAGGCCUUCGUGGACAUGGACCUGCUGCUGGGAGAGAUCGACCCCGACCAGGCGGACAUCACGUACGACGGCCGCCAGAAGAUGACCAGCCUCAGCUCCUGCUUCGCGCAGCUCUGCCACAAGGCGCAGACCGUCUCCCAGAUCAACCACAAGCUCGAGGCGCAGCUAGUUGAUCUAAAAUCUGAACUGACAGAAACUCAGGCUGAGAAAACAGUAUUGGAAAAGGAGGUGCACGAUCAGCUUUUGCAACUCCAUGCCAUCCAACUUCAGCUACAUGCCAAAACUGGUCAGAGUGUUGAUUCUGGGACUAUUAAAGCAAAACUGGAGAGAGAACUGGAAGCCAAUAAGAAAGAAAAGGUCAAAGAAGCUCAGCUGGAAGCUGAGGUGAAGUUACUGAGGAAAGAAAAUGAAGCACUUCGUCGACACAUAGCUGUGCUCCAGGCCGAGGUUUAUGGAGCAAGAUUGGCAGCCAAAUAUUUAGAUAAAGAACUAGCUGGAAGGGUUCAACAGAUUCAGUUAUUAGGUCGAGAUAUGAAGGGACCUGCUCAUGAUAAACUCUGGAACCAGCUUGAAGCUGAAAUUCACCUGCACCGUCACAAAACUGUUAUUAGAGCAUGUCGGGGUCGUAAUGACCUGAAACGACCAAUGCAAGCACCACCAGGACAUGAUCCAGAUUCCUUGAAGAAGAGUCAAGGUGUUGGUCCAAUCAGAAAAGUUCUUCUAGUCAAAGAAGACCAUGAAGGACUAGGCAUUUCAAUCACAGGUGGGAAGGAGCAUGGUGUUCCUAUACUAAUUUCAGAAAUCCACCCUGGUCAACCUGCUGACCGAUGUGGAGGGCUGCACGUUGGAGAUGCCAUUCUGGCAGUCAACGGUGUCAAUCUGAGGGAUGCCAAACACAAAGAAGCUGUAACAAUUCUUUCCCAGCAGAGAGGGGAAAUUGAGUUUGAAGUGGUGUAUGUUGCUCCAGAAGUGGACUCAGAUGAUGAAAAUGUAGAAUAUGAGGACGAGAGUGGACAUCGCUAUCGUCUGUAUCUUGAUGAAUUGGAGGCAGGUGGAAAUUCAGGUUCUAGUAGGAAAGAUGCAGAUGUGACUGUCAAACCAUCACAAGGGUUUGACAAGAAGCCGAGUAUUGAUGGACAUGAAAAUGGAGACCUAGGAAAUUCAGUUGAAACUCCCUUAGAAGAGACUGCACCAAAACUAGCAAAUUCUGCUGAGUCCUUAUCCUAAAAAAUCAACUGGACUGAUCACUUCUUUGGGAAAGACUGCUAAUCAACAUAGACUAUUCCAAAUCUUGUAUACCAUUCUAGAUUGUAAAAGGACUAUUAAAAGUUAAAGGGAACCUGUAUUACUGGUGGCUGGGAAAACAGAGAAGUCAAGACCUCAGGGCUUCGUUGUGAGCAAUUCUAAAUGUGUAAAACUGUUCUUAUUGUUUGUUUGUUUUUUCCUGUGACACACACUAUUUAACAUACUGCAUGUAAAAUGAAGUUUCUUUGAACUGUAAGCACCAAAGCAUGUGGCUUCCAAAAAAAAGUAUCUGAAUAUAUUCAAUGUAGAAUUUUAUUAAUCUGCAGCGUGGGGAUAGACUCAAGUCUGCCAAUUUCUUUUUAGUUUUUUGCCACUUAGUAGAAGGAUAGAAUUAACAGCAUUUUGAUGUGAAAUAGCCUUUAAAUGUUAAAGGGAAAAGCAAGUUUAUACCAUUUCAUCCCUGAGUUUUGAACUGCAAUUUAAAACAAUAGUACAAAGUAUUGUCACUCAGAUUUUCACAUAUUAGUAAAAAGCAGAAGUUGUACUUCAAAAAAAAAACCAACAAAAAGUGGAAAGAACAAUUGAGUAUUUAUUGUAAAUUCUGAUCUUCCAACCCACAAUCACUUUAAGCAUGAAGAAAUUUUUAGAAUUAUUUACCUUCUUUAACAGUUCACUGCCAAUCACUGAUGUGCUUGAACUAUUCUCCAAAAGUAUUUGAACUGUGUUUUAUAAAAUGCAAAAUUAGUGUAAAAAUGGCUUCGAGCUCAUUCAGAAUUAUGUCUGCCCUUGUGUGUUUUAUCUGAGUAUUAUGUAUUCAGCACUGAAUGAAUACAGUUAGAACUAGCAAGAAUUGGUUUUAUACAUUUUGAGUUGUUCCUUAUGGAGCUUGAUCUUGUGUGGGGCAGAGCACUUUUUGAUGGGUACUGAGCAUACUUUAUUUUCCAAUAAAAUUCUCUUUAAAUGAGUGGGUGUUUAAUAAUGCUUGAUACCCUGGAGGAGGUGCUCAGGAACACAUAGUAUCUAGCCCUUGGUAUGUCAUGGCAUGGCAGUCUGACGACAUAUGGGGUGUGGACAAACAUAAGUUGCACUGUCAAAGGAAUGGUCAAUGAAACAGUUGCACAGAAACACAAUAUAAUAUAUUUCAGUGUAAAUUAUUAAUCUGCCUGUUCUUAUAGCAGUCCAAGUAGAACAAAGCCAUUGUAACUAACCCUGUUUUAUUCAGAGUUUUAAAGUUUCAGCAUUUUAGCUCAUUUAAACUGCUAUAGGAGGGGACAGAUGUAACAGUUAAUUGUAUUGGAACAUCUGAUACACACUGUCAAGCAGCAAGCUUUUCGUCCUCUUUUAAAACGGUUUUUGUCCUCUUUUAAAACUGUCCACAGCCAUCAUUUCAUUUGUUAAAGUUGAAGUGAAACACUGUUACCUUCUAAGAGCAGUUAUAUCCUAAAAUAACAAAUUAUCGGAGUACAUCUAAAGGCCUAAGGCACAGUUGGAAAAUGUGGCAUCAAGGGUGGUUUCCUUUGCCAGUUUCUCAGACUGUAUUUGUAGAUAUUUUAGUGAACAGCAACACUCCGUAUGCAAACUAUAAAAAGUAAAAUAUCUUUUCUUAUCCCAGCAUGAAAUGCCUGUUCUCCUCUUUAACUGCUCUGUAGGUUGUUAAACAGCAAUGUGAAAGACAAGGUUUUGUAUUUUGAGAGUGAAACUAAUGUGAAAUGACAGCUUUGAAAAUGUUACUGUAUAGGAUGUACAUAAAUAGAGAAAAACCUAAAGGCCUUUAGAGUAAUAUCACUUAAUCUAAUGUUCAAUACUUGUGAUGUAGAACACAGUUACUUGUCUCCCUUAGGACACUAUAUAUAUAUAUAUGUUUAUAGAGAAAUCUUUAAAAUGUAUAUACUUUAUUCAAAGAUUUUGCUAUUUAUAAGUCCUUUAACCAUUGCUCUUUACCUGAACAUUUGGUGCACGGUUCCAUUCGUGCAACUAAAUCACUUCAUUUAUGGUCAGUUUUCCUUUUUUCUUUUUUUAUAAUAGCCACUCUUACACUGUGUGUUUAGUCUAAAUGUAUAGCUAUGCUUCUGUACAGAAGCUAGUCUUUAAAAGUAGGACCAAGUAAGUAGGAAGUAUCACCAGUUGUUCAUGAAAGCUACUUUCUGUGCAUUUGAAGCUUCAUAUCGUACAUGAAUCUUUCAGGUGCAUUUUAGCAGGUGAACUCAUUGCAGUAAUGUUGCAUCCAGACACUCGUUUUUCAAGUUGUCAAAUGUAGAGUCAGCCCAGCAAGGUGUACUCAAAAUGUGAUUGCAGCACUGAGCACAUUGUAUCAUUCUAAGAUAAUCUUGCAUUUAAAUAAAUGUUUUCUAGGGAGGCUGCACCAGGGAUCUUUAUCAUUUGGAAAAGAGAAAGUCCAUUCUCACUCCAUUCACACCCUAGAACCACUUCAAAUGUGUUUGGUCACCUCCACCUUGAGGUUGGACAGAAAGAAAUGUCUUUAGCAACCUGUCAUAACUGAUUUCUUAUAGCCCUGUCACACUUCCUAUAUAUUCACAUUUUUUUCACCCUGCUUUGAUUUUCCUAUAUAUAAGAUCAGCAAAAUUAACAGUAUAGUGGUGGGAAGGUGGCCAGAAUAGCCAAAGCAAGUGUGCCACUUAUUAAUUUAUCUAAACUUUGUUUGGGAACCCCUGAAUUAGAAAAUGUUGCUGAGAUGCUACUGCAAAAGGAUAGUGUGGCUGUACCCCAUUUUUCUUACUAGUUGGUACCACAACGCAGAUUUGCUCUUGUGAUACUGAGACAGAAAUUCACUUUUGAGAUGACAAAUGUUUAAUAAGUUGAGAUUUCCAGAUGCAAUGUAUAAAUAUGUAUUUUCCUCUGAUACCAGUGACUGGAGCACUCAAACCCACUGGUUCCCAGGGGUUGAAUGAAAAAUUUUCAAGGACAGUCAGUAUUCAGGCUUUCAUUUUUUUUUUUUUUAAUAUAUAAAACACUGUUUACUUGUAUAUAUUUUACUUCAAAGAAUAAAACAAAGUUCUAAAGAUUAACAAUCUUCAGUUUUGAGUGGAUAAUUCCUUGACUAUUUUAAUAUUCUUAAGUGGGGUAUUUCUUGAUGAUUUAAAGGUGGAUGACUUCAAGGACAUUUGGGACCAGUGUCCACUAAGAGUAUAUUUAACUUACGAAAGAUGCUUAAGAACGUUAUAUGUAAUUUGGAUGAAAAGUUCUGUUUAGUGUUUGCUUGGUAGAGAUGUGUUUACUAUGGUGGGGAGGUUUUGUGUCCGUCUCAGGCUUACUGCAUAUGCAUUGAUUCAUAGAUAUGUGUUCACAUAUAUUUAUUGUAUAAUCUCUCCAAACACUUUUCUUUUCUUGGACUCAUAUUUGUAGGAGAUAACAUUUUACAACAUAUGUAUUAUACCUAGUUAAGAUGAGUUUAAUAUUUUUAUUAGCCUGUAAAUAAAGAUGGAACCUUAUGCAUUA